AUGGGGUCUAGUGAAGCUGUUGUUGAGGAAUUUAAGUCCUGUAUGAUGAGACAAUUUGAGAUGACAGAUUUGGGUUUAUUGCAUUAUUUUCUUGGGCUUGAGGUCAAUCAAAGUGCUAAUGGCAUUUUUAUUUCACAAAGUAAAUAUGCUGCUGAUUUGCUAAAGAGGUUUAAGAUGAUGAAUUGUAAACCAGCUUCGACUCCCAUGAACGUGAAUGAGUCACUUAAAGCUAAUGAUGGUACUGGCUCAGCAAGUUCAAAGUACUUCAGGAGCAUGAUUGGAGGUCUGAACUAUUUAUCUCACACAAGGCCAGAUAUAGCAUUCUCUGUCAGUGUGGUUUCAAGAUUUAUGCAUAGCCCAUCUAUGCAUCAUCUCGGUGCAGCAAAAACAAUUCUUUGUUAUAUUGUUGGAACAGUAGACUUUGGGAUUUGGUACUCGAGAGUAUCAAAUUUUAAGCUAUGUGGUUUUACUGACAGUGACUGGGCAAGUUGUUUAGAUGGCGGAAAGAGUACUUCGGGUCAUGUUUUCUCCCUUGGAUCUGGUGUUAUCUCAUGGAGUUCAAAGAAGCAAGAGAUUGUGACAUUGUCAUCUUCUGAAGCAGAAUAUGUAGCUGCAACUGCUGCUGUUUGUCAGGCUAUUUGGUUGAGGAGGUUGUUAACUGAUUUCUAUCAAAUUCAAGAAGGUGCAACUCAAGUUUUUUGUGACAACAGGGCAACAAUUAGCAUGGCCAGAAAUCCAGCCUUUCAUAGCAGGACAAAGCAUAUUGAUAUUCGAUAUCAUUUCAUUCGAAAUCUGGUUGUUGAAGGAACAAUUGAAAUGUAA